AUGAGUACCAACAACUGCAGACGGAAAACUCACGCAGGAGAGGAAGUGGAAAGGGCGGAGAGUAAGGGGUCAAAAGAGUCAAAGGUAAGCGGGAGGAACGGGGCAGAGACCUCCCAGGAGUCUCCAUCCUCCAUCCAGAGCCAACAACCCUCCUUCCCCUGUAAGGUCUGCAAGUCAUUCAGGCACAUGGGAAAUGUCAACGUGCAUGUAAGAGUGUACACGCAGGAGGAGCUGUACCUCUGCAGUGUGUGUGGUAAACAGUGCCGGUCCUCAGAGGAACUGACAGGAAACUAUGAGAUCCACAUCGGGGAGAAGCCCUACCGCUGCCACUCCUGUGAAAAGGGCUUCAGACAGGCAGGAGAGCUGAGGGUCCACACAGGAGAGAAGCCCUACCACUGCCACUCCUGUGAAAAGGGCUUCAGACAGGGAGGUGAGCUGAGGGUCCACACAGGAGAGAAGUCCUACAAGUGUUCUGAGUGUGGGAAAAUGUUCAUCUCGCCACUACACUCAGAAUCCAUCAGAAGAUCCACACAGGAGAGAAGCCCUAUUGACUGCGAGGUCUGUAGGAAAUUCUUCACUCAGAAGGUUCACCUCAACGUGCACAUGAAGGUCCAUGUAAAGUCCAAAUAG